CAACCAGAUCUCCCCGCACUGCAAUUAAAGAAGGAGCAAAAAGACCAGUCACAGUCUCCACCCAACCCCGGAGACGCGGCCGUCGGUCUGGGACUGGGUCUGGAUUUCGGUCUGGGCAUGGACUUUGAUCAUAUAUCGCCUGCAACCUUGGCUAGUCAGCACCAACAACAGCAACAUCAACAUCAGCACAAUUCCAUUGAGGAGUGUGACCCAGAUUUAUUGGGAUUCGAAAUUAUCACGGGUUAUGUGUUCUCAGCACCGGGCAGACUGCUGGAUUCCUUGCCGGGCACAUUAAUGCUCACGGAUUGCUUGGAGUCGUGCCAGAAUAACGAAACAUGCCAGUCUAUUAAUUACGAAACGGGUUUAUGCGUGCUCUUCUCAUCAAACGCUGACAUUUUGCCAGGUGCUCUGACCAAAUCACAGUUUCCUGUCUUCACUAUCUAUGCCCAAAAGUCUUGCUUGGGUGUGCGUCCCUGUGCUCGUGCCUGGUGCAUUGAUCGCGUGCAGAAUUACAAGCUCGAGGGACAUGCGAAGCGAGUGCACACUGUGACUUCUCGACGGGAUUGCCUCGAACUGUGUCUGGGCGAAACCGAGUUCGUAUGCAGAUCUGCCAACUUUUAUAGCGGCACGCACACGUGUGAACUGGCUGAAAUGGAUCGCUUCACUUUGGCGGGAUCGAAUGCUUUCCAACCACACGAGGGUGCCGAUUAUCUGGAGAACAACUGCGCCGAGGAGCCCAACAAGCUGUGCGAAUUCAAACGACUGUCGGGUAGAAUUCUGAAGACCGUGGACUCUGUCUACCAGGAUAUUGGCAGCAUCGACGAGUGCCGCGAUCUGUGUCUCAAUUCGCCUUACAGAUGCCACUCUUAUGACUACGGCGAUACUGGCGACAUGGUUUGUCGCCUCUCGCAUCACAGUCGCGCCACGCUCUCCGAUGUGCAAGAUCCCUACCUCGAAGUACCCGAAGCUGCCACCUACGAACUCUCCUCCUGCUACAAUGUGACCAUCGAAUGCGGCGCUGGCGACAUGGUCGCUCGCAUACGCACCUCAAAGCUCUUCGAUGGCAAGGUCUAUGCCAAGGGAGCGCCCAAGUCUUGCGCUGUCGAUGUCAACAGCGCUUUGGACUUUGAGCUGCGCAUGGGCUAUCAGAAUCUCGAGUGCAAUGUGCGUCAAAGCGGCGCCGGACGUUAUAUGAACGAUGUGGUCAUUCAGCAUCAUGACACCAUCGUGACCUCUUCGGAUUUGGGACUUGCGGUGACCUGUCAAUACGAUCUGACCAACAAGACGGUGACCAAUGAUGUGGACUUGGGUGUCGUGGGCGAUGUGGAGCCUGCUCUGUCCGAGGAGGUUAUUGUGGACUCGCCGAAUGUGCUCAUGAAGAUCACCUCGAGGGAUGGCUCUGAUAUGAUGCGCUCUGCUGAGGUGGGAGAUCCUCUGGCACUGAGUUUUGAAAUUCAGGAUCAGCAGAGUCCCUACGAGAUCUUUGUGCGUGAACUGGUAGCCAUGGAUGGCGCAGACAAUGCGGAGAUAACCCUGAUCGAUGCCCAGGGCUGUCCCACCGAUCACUUUAUUAUGGGACCCAUCUACAAGAGUUCGCUGUCGGGCAAGACGCUUUUUGCGCACUUCGAUGCCUUCAAGUUUCCUUCGAGCGAGGUUGUGCAGUUCCGCGCUCUGGUCACACCUUGCAUGCCCAGCUGUGAGCCAGUGAAUUGCCAGGAGGACGAACUCAGCGGGGACUACAAAUCACUGUUGUCUUACGGACGCCGCAAGAGACGCGAGACAUCCCAGGCCAUUGGAGUGCGUGCUGUGCGGGAGACGAGGGGCAAACCUAGUCAGGAGGAUAUGCUGCUGGUGCAGAGUAUUCAAAUCACCGACAAGUUCGGGUUCGUCAAGAAGGAGCCGCUGCAACAGGAAACGCCACAGGUGAAGGACAACUCGCAACUCGACUAUGACAAAGUCUUUGUGGUGAAUGAGACGGGCGGCGGGGGAGUCGCGGGAGUUCCUGGACUGUGUGUUAAUGGCAUUGGUUUUAUUGUCGCCGUCGGCGUCUUUUUAUUGGCCCAGUCGAGUGUUAUAGCCAUCUGGUCAUUUUUAUACCGACGACGACAGAAGCAUCAGCCCUAUAUUAAUCACUUUCUGAGUGCCCCAACGAAAUACCAGAACUCCAGCAGUGGCAGUUCCACUAACUGUGGCAGUGGCAAUAGCAACGCUUCGAUGGUCAACAGUCUGCCCAAUGCCCAAGCGGAUUCGCUGUGCAAACUCUAUGGGAAGGGCGAUCAUCAUGGCAGCCAGUUUUAGUGCUAAGAUUCCUCUCUCUCUCUCCUGAAAGGGAAGCUCGUAUAUUGCGUUUAGAACAUAAAAAAGCAUAAAACCAUCUCAUCUCAUCUGAUUUCAUCGCAUCGCAAUCCAUUUGACUACCAAGCCAUUUUUGUAUUCACAUUCGCAUUCUAUUCAUUCACAUAAUUGACUCUUGCUAAUUUAUAAUACGAAUAACAAUUUGGAAAAGAGGACGACUGCAUCUAUCAUUAAUUCUCUUAGGCACUUGUCCUCUUUUCUGAGGUGUGCAUUAACUUCAUAAACAGUUUUAAACAAAUACAUUUAACUAAUAUAGACAAAAUACUCUUAAGCAAGGUGACUUUCAUUUACGAGGGACUGCGUCAUGAUUACUUUACAAAUAAAAUAAAAUACAAAU